AUGGGUGUGAUGUCCCAGCUGGUUUUCAUCAGAGACAGUCUGGAGCUGAUUGCGGGUCUCUAUCACCAUGACAACCGCUCCUCCGUUGGCUGGGACACAGACAAGACAGAACGCUUCCUGAUGACCAUCCACAGACAGACGGACGGACUCAACAGCUGCGUGUCGACCAACAGACGAGCAGACAGCAGGCUGAGGAAAUACUACAGGAGGCUGGAGACCCGAACUCUGUACAAAACUGGUGGUAGCGCUGCAUCCUGGGAGCUGAUCAGGAAGGAGAGCAGACGACACCUCCAUCAGUUGGACGUGUUGGUGGCGUGCAUCAGAGCUGCAGUUGCCAGCGGGAGGCGCUGUACGACUUAGCACUGACACCACUGCGU